AUGCCAUCGCAAGAAUCGCAGGCGUUUUACAUUGCAGUGUACGAGCUGUGCCAAACGAUUCCCACGGGCCGGGUAACCACCUACGGCCACAUUGCGCUUCUGGCGGGCGCACCGGCCAACUCGCGGCAGGUCGGAACGGCGCUCAAGACUCUGACCACCAACCCCAAUCACGAGUUCAACACGUCCAACGUGCCUUGGUGGCGCGUUAUCUCCUCCCAGGGCAAAGUGUCGCUGCGGGGAAAGGACGAGAUGCGGCAACAGCAGGAGAAAUUGGAACAGGAGGGCGUGGAGGUGACCCAGAAUGGCUUGGACAAGUACAACAUCAAGUUGAGCGAGUUUGGGUGGUUUGAGGGGGAUGAGGAGUAG